UCACAACACAGUUCAAACAAUUGUUUUUAUUUUAUUUACCCUUAGUUACUUUAAUGAAUUAAAAUACCCAAAACAAUGGCAGAAGCCGCAAAUUUGCGCCAGAAUCUUCAAAAUGUACCGUCGAUCUUUGAAAUCUCAGCGGCGGAGACGCUGGACAACCUGAUUUACCCGGCGCUGAGCAAGAUCUUCGACUACUUUGGAUUGCGGCUGGACUUUAAACUUUGGGGAAGUUUACGAAUUCAAGAGGAGCUAUCGCCACUUCUAACGUGGUUGCUACAGUACUUGUAUCUUCGGAAAAGGGCCUCCUCCUUUGGGGAGAGCUUCUACGGAUUGCAAAGAACGGUUACGCAAACUGGGGAUUUGCUGAACCGCCGUCAGCAGUUUGCAUCCGCCACAUUGUUGACCUUUAUUCCAUACCUAGAACGGAAGCUAAGGAGCAGGAUUACCCACCAUCAGGACACGAGUCCCUGGGAGCAGCGUCUACUCAGUGCCUUUCAUGCAUUCCAUGCCGCCAAAGCGGUCCACACAUUCCUUUACCUUAUAAAAUACGCUUCGAGUCACUCGCCCAUCUUCAGAUCUUUGGGUCUGACCCUGCGCUACCCUAGUGAACCCCCUAAGGAAGAUCAAUGGACCUAUCUCGUCCUCAAAAUGCUGGAGGUUUUGGCCUUUUUCCUGCAGUUCGUACAGUGGUGGUACUCUACGGAUCAGCGACGCAAGGUCGGAGGCACUCUGCUCAAUCCGGAGGCCAUGCCAAGGAAAGAGCUGCCCAAGGAAGUGCAAAAGACUCUUCCCAAACGAGGAGAGUGCCCAGUUUGCUUGCUGUCCAUCCAGACACCCACUGCCUGCUCCGUCUCCGGCUACGUUUUCUGCUGGAAGUGCAUCCUAAGCCACAUGAAGGAGCAUGGAAGUUGCCCGGUUACCCAUUAUCCCAUUAGCCUGGAUGAUCUAGUUCGCAUCUACGAAACCUAACCUUAAGUAUUUUGUUAUCUUUUAUACGAUUUUGUUAAUACAUUUAAUAAGAAAAUGGAAA